AUGGCCGAACCGACGCCAGUCAAUAUCCUGCGCGGCCACAAGUCUCAGAUUCAUGCCGCGGCAUUUGUGCGCGGCAAUGACCGCCUUGCAACUGGCGACGCAGACGGUUACGUGAUGCUAUGGGAUCUCGCCAUCAUGCGGCCGAAAGCCGUCUGGCGGGCGCAUGAAAAUGCGAUUCUCGCGAUUCGAGGCUGGGGUAGUGACAAGAUCAUAACUCACGGCCGAGACCACCGCCUCGUUGUAUGGCAAUUACGAGCGGAGGAUGAAGAAAUCCUAUCGAGCGCGUCGCCGCUAGAGCAGACGGGAGAUGCGCCCCCGCAGCCAUGGAUGCUACAUGUGCUGGAUGUCAACACGAUGAAUUUCUGCGCGUUUGCUGGAUGCCCCAAUACCCCAGGAGCCAGCGCGACAUUGGCGGAUGACAGUAGUGCGAGCAUUCUCGUCGCCGUACCUAACACGCUGUUGGCCGAAUCAAUUGACAUAUUCGAGCUGCCAAGUCAGAAGCGUAUUCACACAGUCAAACCCGGCGGGAAGCACGGCAUGGCCAUGACCCUCGCAAUUCUCUACAAGGAAAGGCAUCUCGUUCUCGUCGCUGGCUUUGAAAAUGGCAUGUGCUCCGUCUUUGUUCUGCGCGAGAACACAAAUGAUUGGAUCACGACAUAUCGUGGCCAGCCACAUUCACAGCCAGUCUUGUCACUAGAUGCCGACUCGCGAGGCAAAUAUUUCAUCUCGUCUGCCGCUGACGCUUUCAUCGUCAAGCACCCCAUACCUACUUCCUUGCAGACCAUCAUACCAGGAGUUUCGGCUGCAGAACAAGUUGCCACAGUUACCGAAGAUCGUACACCCGCGCCGCAAGCGGCUCCUGCUGGCAUCGGAGCGCUGUUUGCUGGCGAGCCGUCCUCCGCCGCCGGAGCCUCCGGUAUCAGUACCGUUGACACCAAGGCCUGGGAGGAUCCCAUAAAAGUUGCCAACACGAAGCAUGCCGGGCAGCAGAGCUUGACCAUUCGCUCAGAUGGCCGGAUAUUCGCGACGGCUGGCUGGGAUUCGAAAAUCCGCGUGUACGCGACAAAGUCCCUCAAAGAGCUUGCCGUUUUCAAAUGGCACCAAGUCGGCGUCUAUGCGGCAGCUUUUGCCCACCUAAAAUCCGAGGCAGAUCAGGACCUGACAACGCAUAGCAAUGAACAUCGACAACAGGUUGCUUCUUCGACUCAAGAAGCUGCAUCAAGUGCGCUCGUCGCAAGGCAUGGCGAGGCAGUCGAAAAGACGCAGGCUAUGACGGUCAAAGAUAGGCGAUUACACAAGGCGAAGCAUACCCACUGGUUGGCUGCAGGAGCCAAAGACGGCAAAAUAAGUCUGUGGGAUUUGUAUUAA